AUGGGUUGGAGUAGUGAUAAUCUUUUUGGCGGAUAUGGUGGAUUCGGUCAUCACCACCAUCAUCAUGGUCAGUUUGGUGGAUAUCCAUAUGGUGGAUUUGGUGGAUUUCCCUAUGGUGGAUAUGGUGGAGGAUAUGGCUAUGGAGGCCUUGGCGGCUUUGGUGGCUUUCCAUAUGGUGGAGGUUAUGGAUAUGGUUGGUAA